AUGGCGUCUUUUCUCCGCAUAACUGCGCCCCGUUGGGCCGAGCGAGCGCUCUCGCGGCGGGUGUUCCGCAGCGCGGACGACUGCUACAGCCUUCUAUCGCCGGGCUCCUGCGUCGAGACCCAUGAGCUGUACGACGCGCUCAAGUUCCUCGCCAGCGGCGUCUCAGAGCGCCGCAGCGCCCUGUCUGACGACCGUUUCGGCGAGAUUCUGUGCCAGGUCGAGAGCCGGCUGCCCAGCCUGAACUCAUCGUACAUGGGCAACUUCGCGCUGCGUGUUGCGGCGAUAGUGCAGUCGUCCGGCAGCUCGGCGCCUGGCACCGGGCCGGCCAAUGCCGAGCGCGGCCGGUCGCUGUUGUCCAAGAUCGCCGCCACCAUGGUUGAGAAGGGCGGCCAGCCCCGGGAACUGGCGCAGGUGGCCUACGCCGCUGCCGCCACGGGGGCCGACUCGGAGUCCAUUUUCGAGUACUCCAAGCAGCAGCUGACUGUGGAGAUCGACUCUGCGACGCCUGACGCGCUUAACCUGGCGCUGCAGACCGCCUACAAGCGAGGCUCCCGCGACAAGAUCUACUACGCGCUGCUGUGCGAGAAGUUGUGCGAGCUGACGGACAGGUUCACCGCCAACGACGUGAUGCAUACGUUGCGAGCGCUCGCUAAGACUGGGCUGCUGAAGGGGUUCUUGCUUCGGCGCCUGUCGACCCUGAUCAUGGACAACCUCGACCAGUUUAGCGCCGCGCAGCUUGCGGAGGCCUGCUACAGACUGAGCCAGCUGAAGUUCCUGACCCCCGCGAACUUCUCGAGGGUAUUUGCCGCCAUUGAGCCGGACCUCAAUUCGCUGGCCGACCACCUUCGCCUGCAGCUGCUCGCUGCGGGCUGCCUUUCCGAGCGCGAGGACCGCAGCGCCCUUGAGCGGCUGCUGGACUCUCUGGAGUACAAGAGCAACUGGGAUUUAUCGGGCUGCGUCGACUUCGCGUACUCGAGCGCGUACCUGCGUCGUUACGGCGAGCAGCUGCCUCACGUGCUCACUGCGAUAUCGGAGCGCCAGCCAACCCUCACCAGGAAAUACGCGCUGUUGUUGAAGGAGGCGGUGGAUUCGUUCGAGGUGGAGAAGGUGCCCGUCACUUUCGAUUUGGGCCCUCGGUGGCGUGACGUCCUCACCACGUUCGAAAAGACCGAAAGCGAGUUGACCCAGGGUACCCCUGCAUUCCAGGAGGUGCGCAAGAUCCUUCAGGGUGCGUCCAGCAACUUCGCGGAAAGCCAGACAGUUGGCCCGUUCACGGUCCCCUUUUUGGAUUCCGAGCGCAAAUUCGCCAUACUGAUCGAGUUCGCCAGCAACAUGAGCAACCUCCGUGUGAAGAUGAGGUGCCUGGAGGCGUUGGGCCACCGCGUCGGCGUGGUGAGGUAUUGGGAGUGGCGCCGCCUGAAGACCGAACGCCAAGAGCUCGAGUACGCGUUUCGGCUCUUCGACAGCCGCCGCAAGGGCAGUCUGACGUUCCUGGAACUGAAGUCGCUGCUCUCCUCGAUCGGCAUAUCGCUGACCCGUAACGAGCUGUCUUAUCUCCAGAUGGGUACGUUUACGCCAGCUAAGUGCGCUAAUGGGCGAUGUGUAGAGGAGGACAUUCGCGGCGGCUUCAUUUUGGAGGACCUGUAUGCGCUCGCCACGUCGGUCUACACCGACGGCGUCAUCCGCCAGCGGCUCGCGCAGUCCCUCCAAGCGCACUUCCCCAAGCAGGAGAAGGUCAGUCGCAAGGACCUCGAGUCGCUGCUAUACAAGCUGGGCCGCCGCCUCCUGGUUGACCCCGCCGAAAUAGACGCCUGCUUGAACGUUUACUGCUCCGGCGGCAACGGCGACCAGAUAUCGAUUUCGAAUUUCAUAGACAUGUAG